CACAGAAAACAAAAAGAAGACAGUGUUGUUGUCUGUGCAAAUUGCUGUGAGUUUUAAUCUUUGUCGUUGUUAUACAGUUCAGCAGCAGAAGGACAUGAUUUAUUUUUAUAAACACUAAUUUAUGGGUUAUUUAAGGGUUUAUAAGACUCAGUUAAAGUCUUGUCUGUCAUGCUGAAAGCUGGACGCUAGUGCGUGUUGUUUUAGAGCUAAACGGGAAGUCAAACUGGAGAAGCACAUCUGUCAAAGUUUGUUUAAAUAAGUUUAAAACCUUUUUCCAGAAAGGUCUAUGAUAGGGAUGGCUACUCGAAUAGAGUGUAUAUUUUUUAGUGAGUUUCAUCCUACUCUGGGCCCAAAGAUAACAUAUCAGGUCCCGGAGGAAUACAUUUCACGAGAGCUGUUUGACACAGUUCAAGUGUAUAUUAUCACUAAACCAGAAUUACAAAACAAGUUAAUAACCGUCACUGCUAUGGAGAAAAAGUUAAUCGGCUGUCCUGUGUGCAUCGAACAUAAAAAGUAUAGUCGAAAUGCCCUCCUGUUUAACCUCGGCUUUGUUUGCGGUGCACAGACCAACACAUGUGCCCUUGAACCUCUCGUCAAGAAGCUGUCUGGGUACCUCACCACUCUGGAGCUGGAGAGUGGCUUUAUUUCUAAAGAGGAGAGCAAGCAGAAACUCUUACCGAUUAUGUCAACCUUGUUAGAAGAGCUUAAUGCCAAGGGAGCCUGCACCUUACCAAUUGAUGAGUCAAACACUAUCCACCUAAAACUGAUCCAACUGCGAAAGGACCCGCCGAUUGUUCAGGAGUACGACGUGCCUGUCUUCACUCAGUGCAAAGAACAUUUUAUCAAAUCACAGUGGGAUCUCACCACUCAACAGAUCCUACCCUACGUUGAUGGUUUUAGACACAUCCAAAAAAUAUCUGCUGAAGCAGAUGUAGAGCUUAAUCUUGUUCGCAUUGCGGUGCAGAAUCUCCUGUAUUAUGGGGUUGUUACUUUGGUGUCGAUAUUCCAGUACUCUAAUGUGUACUGCACAACCCCCAAAGUCCAGAAACUCAUUGAUGAUAAGUCUCUUCAGGAGGAAUGCCUCAGCUACGUCACCAAGCAGGGUUACAAACGUGCCAGUCUGAGAGAUGUAUUUCAGCUGUAUUGCGGUCUGAGUCCAGGAACUACGGUGCGAGACCUUUGCUCCCGCUACUCACAGCAGCUUCAAAGGGUUGAUGAGAGGAGGUUGAUCCAGUUUGGAUUGAUGAAAUCUCUCAUUAGACGACUGCAGAAGUAUCCUGUGAAGGUGAUCCGUGACGAGAGAAGCCGGCCCCCUCGACUUUAUACUGGCUGUCAUAGUUAUGAUGAGAUUUGCUGCAAAACAGGGAUAAGUUACCAAGAGCUGGAUGAACGUCUGGAAAAUGACCCCAACAUUGUCAUUUGCUGGAAAUGAUGCUAUAUGAAGACAUCAUCUUGGAAGUACAGGAGACAUUUUCACUGAAUUGACUGUAUAAAUGAUCCAGUGUUUCCUUUUUUGAAUUUUUUUAUCUUGUCAUACAGAGUUUUGAUUCAUGUGUUUUAAGUUACGAACGUGAAUUAUGUGAGUAUUGUACAUAAGUAAAAAUAAGAUGGUACAAGCAGAUACUGUUUCUAAUUUCCUGCCUGUGUAAUGGUUAAAUCCAACAAAAUGAAAAGUGAUGGUUAUUUAAAAGGUUAUUUGCUCAAUUCCAGUCUUUUUGUUUUCCUGAGACUGGUAACAUCCCAAAAUUGUUAUUCCUGUAACAUAACCAACUUUAUGACAGAAAAGAGUUCCCGUUUUACUAAAAACAACAAACCAAAUAAAUUUCUUCAUCAUCUCUGGCAAGAGAGAUCGAGUCUCGCUCACUUGAGAAUAUUUUUAUAAUCUGAAAAUGUUUGCCAAUUAUUGAAUGUGUAUUUAUUAAACUGCAUCAAAUCCAUGCCUCAAAUAGCAUUAAAACAUAUUGACAUUCUGUAAUAGUACCUCAUCCCGGGGAUGCUGAGGGCUUCUUGAAUAUCACAGGUUGGAUUAUAUUUAAUAAAUCAAAGCUGAAUAGAUAAUCUAAAAUGUUACUUUUAAAUAAAAGUUUGUACCCAUAAAAGGCAAAUGCUG